CUGCAAGGCAGUACAGUAUGUCAUUCAUCCAGAAGAUUAGAUAUUUCUUUAAAAGGCAGAUUUCUAGAGUUCGGAUGGCGUUGAGCGGAUUUUUUUGGCGCAGACGGACACCUGAAGCGGCCACCAUGGUUGGGGUCACAGCUCACAAGAUCAGCAAACACAUCACCUUCCUCGCCAAUGACGUCGAUGGGACUCUCACGGAUGGUGUUUCACCUGUUCACCCUAAACCGAUAUUGCUGUUGUUGCCAUGGCUGGGCUCCAGACCACAGGCCAUUGCCAAAUACUGUGAGAUUUACUUUCGCACUGGCUUUGAUGUGCUUGUAGUGGAAAGUGAGGUGAGCCAGUUCUUGUGGCCACGCUGGGGGCUGGAGUAUGGUGGCCGUGUGCUCGAAUUACUAGAGAGCGAGCGCUUCUCACAGCGCCCCCUACUGGUCCAUGCUUUCUCCAUAGGAGGAUAUACGUUUGCUCAGGUGCUUGUUCAUGUGGCCAAAGACACCCAGCGUUACCGAGGCCUGACCAACCGGAUCAGGGGUCACAUCUAUGACAGCCUUGUCAUGGGAUCGCUGGAGCAUAUGGCCAACGGCCUGGGUAAAACCAUAAUGCCCCGGAUGGAAGGUCUCGUGAAGUCAGCUAGCCUUCUGUACUUCCGUGUCUUUAAAUACCAGACGGUUGACUACUUUGACUCAGCGAUCAGCAUUUUCUGGAACACUCCCAUAACGGCACCUUCUCUUUUCUUCUACUCUGAGAACGACGCACUGUGCGAUUACAAGAGCUUGGAGAAGAUGGCAGAUUUCUGGAAGAGCCGCGGCCUAUCUGUUGAGAGCAAGAAGUGGAAGGAGUCUGUUCAUGCAGGUCAUCUCCGCACACACCCUCAGGAUUAUCUGUCCACGCUGGAGAACUUUGUGCAGUCUCUCAACAUGGUGCCUCUGAAGGCCAAAAUGUGAUUUUUGAAGGCCGCCGCCCAUCUCAUUUAACAUCCAAGUUUCCUGAAGUGCCUGGUUUUAAUGUUACAUUCUUAGCUCUUUGUUCAAGUGGUACUUAGUCAAAUCGCUGUAUUGCAAAAUCUGUUUCUCAAACUUCUUCAGUCUGUUGAAAUAUUUAUGUGACAACAAGAAAGCCAUUUCAGCCAAAAAUUCAGAUCUGGUGCAGAUAAAGAAUCUGAGCUCUUUUCGAGGACUACGUAUAGCCUACUGAUAUGUUUCUAGUAAGGUUUAUUGCACUACAAUGUAAAGCUCCUGUACAUUAUCCAACAUCCAUUCAGACCUCAAAAUGACUGUUUAUCUUGAAAUACACAACUGUGUAUUAUUAUUUUGUUGUAGAUAUUUUUUUGAUAAACAUAAGCAUUUGAAUAACACUUGAAAGGUUUAUUUGUCCUUUUUUUUAAUAGUUGUUUUCUAAUAGUUUGUGAUCAUCUGAAUAUACUGUUGUUUGAUAAUUUAUCUUAACUAAUUAUUUUUUAAUCUACAGAAAUGAUCGACUCAUACAUUUAAUCUGUGACAAAAUCUGAGUUUUAUUUAUAAUGUACUGUUUGACAAAAUCGUGGAAAACCUAUGCAAUGUUUUUUGUAGCAAUGAGGUGGUAUGUUCAGGUAUGCAGACAAUAUGGUAAAAUCAAAUGAAGUGGGUCACUUUGGCUUUUGUAUUACAUAUUUCUAUGUUUUUAUUCUGUAUGGUAAAAUGGAGAUGUUUAACUUUUGCCAACUGACAUAUUUUAAAAAAAAAACCUUUAUGGUGAAUUAAUAAAGUGAAUUAUCAAAUGAAGGUUUUUACUUUUUUGAAGCUUAAUCUUGCAAGAAUCAAAUAAAUCAUUCUGAUUAAUGAUGUGGUUUGUCUGUUUAGACUAGACGUCUAGCAAGAGGGUUGUGUAAGAUGAAACUUGAGACAUAAUUUGGCAGAAUUGUGUUUAAAAUGAAUGACUUUUGAGUUGUUUUCC